AGUUUGCUGUUUUGAAGCUUUCCUUCAGCCCAUAAGUACCUUUGCACCCCUCCCUUGAAGCGUCCAUUCUUCUCCUUGCCGCAAGCUUCAACGUCUCCCCUUCGCAGUUAUUGAGCCCCUUCGAAGCCUGGUACACGACUGGUCUUUGUGAACACAUUCCAAGCGUGCUUGGUUGAUGUCAGUGACGCGAGUGCAAGACUAGUUCUGGUUUUUUAGGCUGUUUCGGUGUAUUUGCGAUUUGAGGUUGUUGCUGAAUAUUGAGGAGCGUUGUUUGAAGUCGCUGAGAAUUUCGCUUGAAGUUGACAUCAGAUAGGCGUUGAGGUGGAAUUCGGAGUUUUACGAAGAGCAUUUCGGUGUUGUUUUAGGACGGUCUUGGAUUGGAAGUGGAGUGGCCUGGCGCUGGGGGAUUUUUUUUUUUUUUUCUUUCCUGAGAGAAGGCCUAGGGACUUAGUGCAACCAAAUUUGUGAAUUCUAUUGGCGGGGUCGAUUUCCCGUGUUCGUUAGCGGGGGUAUGAAAGAUAUGCCUAUCUUGGCUGAGACUAUGGCUUCUCUGGUUACCUCAUGUAACCAAGCAUUUCGGUCAUCUAUUAGAAGUAGAGAAAUGGACGAUGAAGCUCCCCGGAGUAAAAGGGUUCGCGCCUCAGGGGAACGAGCGUUUGAAAAACCUGUCAACGACAAGACAGGAGGGACGAGUUCAACCGCCGGAGAAUGUAGUGAGCUUGAUUCUUUCGAACCAGGCACUCCGAAGAAGUCUGACACGCUUGUUGAGCCAGCCCGAAAAAUGUCAGGAGGAUGGGAUACGUUGGAGCUCUGCCUUCUCGAGCGAAUCACUCGGUCGUUGUCCGCGUCCGACCUGUGCCGGCUGGCUCAGGUGAAUAAGCACUACCAAGAAUUAUGUUCCCGGGAUACGUUGUGGGCAUGGCGAGCGGCAGAGAAUGGCUUUGCAAAGGCUGUGGAAGUGGAAAACUGGCGCUUGAAUGUGACCGAUUCAUUGAAGGCUGCUCCGCUCGACUCCCUCACUAGUCUUCAUUUCUCAGGAGAUGUGACCAUUGUGGACCCAUUCCAUCUUUUCUUCCAAGGCAAAUCUAAUGCUAGCAAGCUUUCUGAGCUCCGGAAGAUCGUGAAAGGGUUUGGCCACAAAGACUUGGUGCUGACUUACCGCGGUGUCCAGAGUGCAAUUUUGCGGACCAGCUGUAUCAUUCAUGACGACGACACCGCGUUCGAGGUUUUCCGCAACGGUCAAGAAAUAGGUGCCAACGUUACUACCUCUGGUGUAAUUGCUGUCGUGCCGAAAAGAUUGGUAUUGAAGUUGAUUCAGGAAAAUGGCGGCAUGCCCGAGGAGGUGCGCGGUGUGACUGUCACUGGUGUUGAUGGUAUCUUGCGAUGUAGUUUGGAUGGAGAUUUCAUCAUUCGUCACUCAGUACCUUCGAGAGGGACUCCUGUGCACUUUCCAUACACUGGGGAAAUCGUCUCUGCCGACAUAGUGUGCUCUACAGGUGGAAGCUGGACUGAGGACAGUGACAGUGAUGAUGAAGAGGAAGAGCUAACAGAUGAGGAAAUGGCAGAAGCAGUCGCAGAAGUAGCCAAGAUUACCAACUCUAAAACCAGUCUCCAACGGUUUCACUGCAAUGGCGAAGGGUUAAUUCAUAAGUUCACGAACUUUGAAGUGUCUAUGCUAUCAUGAUGUACUAUCUCUUCAGUAUUCGUGUCCAUAUUGAAACGAUGAAUCUUAGAACAGUAUGAGCGUAGAUUUUUCUAAUCCUUCCCACUGCUGUCUGCGUAACAAUAAAGCAGUCAGGGACUGUACUUUUAAGAUUUUGCAGUUGACAUCCAGGCAUGGAAUUUUAGAUGGGGUCGAUACCUAGUACAUACCUGUAAUUACUUUCUGAAAAUUCCAUGUGCUUAGAGUUUACACCUUUAGAGUUUCGGCAGAUCCUGUAGUAGAUGAAUUUGUUGAAUUCGAUCCGAGUAAUCAUGUAGUUUGAUGUACAAACAUGUGCGUGAUGCUGAGCUGUCCUUGUAACGCCAUUUUGCGCAUUCUUGAAUUACAAACUUUGUAACCUGUUUAGUGCACAAAAGAA